CCCUUCUCCUCCUCUGUUUUCCAUCUUAUUCUCGUGGUGGUUGUUGUUGUUAUGGUGGUAUCCAUUAUUAUUAAUGACAACGAAUACGGAAGCACGACCAAGCUUUGGGAAUAUUGGGGUUUCUUCUCUGGUGACGGAACAGAUGUUCAACGCCAUCUUUCUCCACAAGGAUAACAAUGCCUGCCCUGCCAAGGACUUCUACACUUACCACUCUUUUAUCCAAGCCACCGCCUGCUUCCCUAGCUUCGGCAACGCUGCCUGUUUAUCUACUCGAAAGCGUGAAAUCGCUGCUUUUCUCGCUCAAAUCUCACAUGAGACCACAGGAGGAUGGGCCACAGCACCUGAUGGGCCAUAUGCGUGGGGCUUGUGCUUUAAGGAGGAAGUGAGCCCACAGAGCGAUUACUGUGACUCUACCAACAAGGAAUGGCCUUGCUAUCCUGCCAAAUCUUACAAAGGCCGAGGACCCAUUCAGCUCUCCUGGAAUUACAACUAUGGACCGGCGGGGAAGGCGUUGGGCUUCGACGGUCUGAGGAACCCGGAGUUAGUAUCAAACAACUCCCUGACGGCUUUCAAGACGGCUCUCUGGUUCUGGAUGACGGCCCAGCCACCAAAGCCCUCUUGCCACGAUGUCAUGGUCGGACGUUAUGUCCUAACCUCCGUUGACUUGGAUGCCAAUCGUACGGUGGGCUUCGGCCUCGUCACUAAUAUAAUCAAUGGUGGACUUGAGUGCGGUAGGCCAGACGAUGCACGCGUCAACGACCGCAUUGGUUAUUUCCAGCGAUACGUCAAGCUCUUCAACGUCGACACUGGUCCGAACUUGGAUUGCUCCUAUCAGAAAUCCUUUGCUUAAUUAAUUU